UUGCUUUCCUCUCUAAGGCAUUUAGCCAUCGUUUGUGCUGGUGAUUAAAUAAUGCAAGGCAACUACAACCCAGAUGAAGGGAAACCUCUGAACACUGGAUUUUCUGCAAUCAUGAAAACUGUUAUUUGCUGUGUUUUCAUAUUAAUGUUAGCACAGAUAAUUGGGACUGUACUAUAUUGUGUAUAUCUUCAUAUGAAACUCGACAAGAUACAAGAAGAAAUGACAUUUCAUGAAGAUUUUGUAUUCUUGAGAAGACUUCAGAAAUGCGCAAAGGGUGAAGAUUUGGAUAAUACAUUCCUAAACUGUAAUCAUAUUGUAAAUGAGUUUCAUAACUUACUGUCAAAGGUUAAGACCAACACGGGAACCUAUGAGAAGUAUAAAGCUGAAACCUCCCCUGCAAUGCAAAUUGAUGCAGAGAAGGUGGUUGUUGCAGCACACUUGGCGGGUACUUCCAAAAAAGUAGAGGCAUCAAAUGUUUUACAGUGGGCAGAAAAAGGAUAUUCUGUCCUUCAACCCAGACUGAUAAACAGAGAAGGCUAUGUUCGAAUAGGGGAUCCAGGAUUGUACUAUGUGUAUUCCCAAAUCAGCUUCUGUGAAAAUACAAGUAGCCAGUCUCGUGAGCCAUUUGUGCAGUACAUUUAUUUGAAAAAAGCAAACCUGGUGAAGAAAAUGUUGCUGCUGAAAGGAGCACAUGCACAGAGUUCAUAUAAGGACCAAAGCUGUGGACUGCAUUCAAUUCAUCAAGGGGGUGUGUUUGACCUAUCAAAUGGUGACGAACUGUUUGUCAAUGUGACUGAUGCAUCCAGAGUAAACUAUAGUGAGGGAUCAACGUAUUUUGGCCUAUUUAAACUUGGAAAUUUUUACUCAGAUGGCUCUGUUAAAGAAACUCAGGAACAGCGAUAAAAUCAAAACAUUUGAAAGACAGCAACAUUAUUUUCAUGAGUCUCUACUAUACUUGUACUCUGUAUUGUAAAUAGACACUGGGAUUAUUUAUUAAACCAUGGCUUAUCAAAACAAAAAAAUAAUGUUUUUAUAUAAAUUAAGCAUAUUUUGCACUUUUCUGUUAUGCUGUUUCUUACCAAAUGUUAAUAGCCAAUUAUACUUUACUGUAAAAUGGCAGUGAUGUCUGGAAUAUCAGUUGCGUUAAUGGUAUCAUUAAUACCAUGCCAGGAACAUCUUAUGAAAACUUGUUAGAUUUCUAGGCUGUGUAUGAGCAUGUCAUUCAAGUACCACCAUAGGCCAUAGGCAUGGAUAUACUAAAACAAAGCCUGUAUUAUACCUGACAACUAAGCAAACAUACGGCCAUAUUUAAAAAGAGUAAAAUGUCCCAAAUUGUGGACCUUUAUGCACUUCAGUUAGAAUGUUCAUUGCAAGUUGUUGAGUAUGAUAUAGUCUUUCUCCAGACAUUCAUAUUUAUGGUGGAAAAAAACACAGGCAUGUCUGCGUUAAGUGUUUAUCUUGUUUUUGUGUGCUGAAUCCUGAAUCAAAACUCAGCUUAUUCCAAGGGCUGCACAUCAGUGAAGUCAAAGUGACUAUACCACAGUCAUGUAUUACAUGUGGAUAUUUUGUGCUGCAGCUAAUAUUCAUUCAAGGACAUUUUCUUCUUGCAUAUAAUUAUGAUGUUCUACAAUGGGUGUUUCUCCAUCUGGGGUGAUACAGUCUGACACAAUAAUGUAUUCACAAGGGUCCCAGCUGUGAGAGCGCUAGCAUUUAUAAAGCUAUUCUGCUGGAGGUAGUGUCCUUCCAGAAUCUUCUGUCUAUACAUAAAUGCUAUAAUAGUAAAUGCAAAGUGCUAGUUAUUGUAGCUGUUUGGGAUAGUGCCAACUUUCAAGAUGGCGUAGAUGCUUCAGUGUGGAAGAAUUAAGACAAAGGCAGCAACUCAGAACAUAAACAUAGAUGUGACACAGAAGCAUCUGCUUUAACAUGGACAUUUCUCGUUCAUUGCUAUUUGCAGUUGUUGAUACAACCACAGGAGAAGACUAGAUUAGGAAAUGAACAAUGAUUAUGGUGACUAUACUAAAUGGAAAUUGAGGUACUGAUGGACUGGAGCAGAAAAAUAUUCAGGGGUCAUCCCAUAUUCCAUAUCAUAGGCCAUGACAUCCUACUAGUCAUCACUGAUCACAGAUUAUGAUACAUGGGCAUAUUUUAAUCAACUUCUAAGUGCGUCACUGAUCCAACUGAAACUCAUCACCCUGAUUGGACUGCACCCAGCCAUAAAAUCAGUGUCAAGCCAUUACCUGUGAUAUCUAUAUGGAAUGAAAACAGUGAGUUACUUACUGUCUUUGUAUCCACCUCUGUUGUGAGUAGCUUUAUUCCCCCAUUCCAAAUGUUUAUAGCCAUAUUGUACAGAAUCUCAUACAUUAACUCUGUCUCAUUGUUACGAGAAUGAAAGUCAUGUUUUUCAAUCCGUGGAACAGUGCAAACAUAAUGAAACAAAAAUUCAGAAAACUGUAGCCCUGCACAGCUCUGCAGAUUCUGAAUUAAGGUUAUUGAUACAUUUAAAAGUUUCUGUGGUUUUACCUUUGCAUCUCACUAUGCUGUUAAACAGCGAAGCAUGUUUCUACAUCAGCAACAUCAAAUAUUUUCUCAUGGCCAUAGCACCAUCAAAUUAGGAGUGUUCUGUGUUACCUACCAAUCAAAGUAGAGAGGUGUUUUUCUUCAGGUUUUUGCCCCACUGCUUGACAGUUAUCAGUGUCCUCCACGAUAAAUGACCAUUUUUUUCCCAUUAUCAAAAUAAUACUCAGGUGGGAGGGACUAUCAUUUAGACAUUCAUCAAGAGUGGUUCAUGGUUUUUUUUUCUGAAUGUCUCAUAACUCCUGUACACACUGAAUUUGAAAGGCAAGAAGGACUGUAAUUGGCUAACUGUACUAGUUGUACUCACUUUUGCAAGAGGCAUUACCAGCAAGCAACCAUUUCUUCCCAUCCUUGAGCAUGGAUGUUAGUUUUACCUAUUUCCACUGAAGAAAUUACACUGUUCCAUUGAGUGUUCACAAUCAUUAUUCCCCCCACACAGAGAGGUAAAUGGAGCAUUCCCCUUCAUUCUUCUAUCAAGCCUGAUUGCUGUAGUGCCAUGACUGCUAAUCAAACCCUGGUCACCUUGAUUACAAUCAGAGCUUCAUUCCUCUGUUUCAUGCUGCCAGGUUUGAAAUAGGAAUUUACUUUAAGCUCUUUUGACUCCAUGUUGUGAAGGGUUUGUAAGGCAGAGUCACAGGAUGCUAAGACCCAAUUCAUUGAAACUGCUAUGUUCUGAAGAAAUGUUGCUAAAUUGUGCAGACUCUGGAACAGAUCCGCUAAGGACAUAUAACCUAGGUAGCCAGGGUAUUAAUAGGCUUGGAGUAUAUUAUAUUUAAUUGGGAGAGGGACCCCCUCAUAUAGUACAUUAGAGGGAGUUCAGGAAUCCAUCCUAUCUAGAUUUAUACUGCUCCAAAUUUGGUAUAAAUGCCUUUGGAGAACAGGGGCAUUGUUUACCUUAAUAUGGCAAAAUGAAUAUCUCAGUUUCUUGCUCUGACCAUUCAUUAAACUCCCCCAUCAAAAAGAGAUAGCAGUCUACCCAAAUAUGUAAUCUGAUAUGUUUUAUAUAAUGAGCACUUAUCCACACUGUUGUCUGUGUUUUAAAUAAUUUGUUGUAUAUUGUGUUUUUGCUGUUGUGUUUAUUGUUUGGAUUUAUUUAUAAUAAAUGUAAGAUAGCCAUGUAAAAAUGUUAUAUGUAUUUACUACAUCUAAAUAAUAAGUAAAGGCUUGUUCUCAUAUUUUAUUUUUAUACUGAUAUUGCUUAAAUAUAUAUUGUCAUUUGUAAAACAUGAAGUUGUAUAUAUGUACAUCUUUCAUCAUUGCGGUUAAGUUGAAAUGCUCAUUAAUUGUUUUGAAUGUUAAUAAAUUUACAUGGCUACUAUUGAAGAAAAGACAGUAAAGUACUAUGUACCAUGGGAACCUCUUAACCAAUGGCAUUCAAUCUUUAGGUCAUGAUUUUAAACAAGUACCUAAAUAAAUUAUACUGCAAAGUGUAGUGAAGUUCAUACCUUUCCAACAAUCUGAAAAAUUAAGGCAUGAUUUUUUUUUUGGUCAAAGUAAUACAGUUUUUGAAUGUCUAUAAAUUCAGUAGUUUGAUAUAUUAGGUAAUCUAUGCCUGAUUAUUGUUCAAAAUAAGAAACACAGCUAAAUAACCUUCACCUGGGAGUGUUGCAGUUUUGGAAUAUGUUUAGGUCACAAUACUGGGCCCCAGCCAUUCAAGGUUACACUCACACACAUACACAUUGCACACGCCUUUAACACUUCUCUUCAUCCAGUGUGAUUCCUGGGUAUUCACUUUAUGUUUCAUUUCAUCACCAGACCAGUAUCACCUAAACUAAAUUUAAUAUAUUACUAGACAUUUGCUUGUUCAUACUGCUACUAUAACUGUUCUCCAAACACACACAUGCAAACACACCCAUAUGUACACACCCUGACACAUACACACACACGCACACACGCACA